UCUUCUUCUUCCUCCUCGUCCUCCUCCUUCCACCACAUCGAACGGCCUCGCUGCCGCCGGGAUCUCAUCAUCCGCAGCUGCUGGAGCACGACGCCCUUGUACCCGCCGCGGAGAUGGCCGAAGGCAAGGGUGGCCACAUUUUAUCGAACAAUCUUGAGGACUUCUGGGAUCUUGUCUUAUUUGAUGUUCUGUGGAGUUCUUGCCUCGGUCUCCAACUUUAUAUCACCAGUGUUCCUUCAAGCAUCUGUUAUGGAAGGAAGUGAUGGGGUCACUGGUCAUAUCAUUUCCACCACCAUUGGAGGCAAGAAUGGUGAACCCAAGCAGACCAUUAGUUACAUGGCUGAGCGUGUGGUGGGUGCUGGCUCAUUUGGGAUUGUUUUUCAGGCAAAAUGUUUGGAAACAGGAGAGACUGUGGCUAUAAAAAAGGUGUUGCAGGAUCAGAGAUACAAAAACCGUGAGCUACAGCUGAUGCGCUCAAUGGAUCAUCCGAAUGUGAUCUCUCUAAAGCAUUGUUUCUUCACCACGAGCAGAGAUGAGCUUUUUCUCAACUUGGUCAUGGAAUAUGUGCCGGAAACACUAUUUCGUGUUCUAAGGCAUUUCAGCAGUGUGAAUCAAAGGAUGCCGUUAAUCUACGUGAAGCUUUACACAUAUCAGAUAUUUAGAGGGUUGGCUUAUAUGCAUACAGUUCCUGGUGUUUGCCAUAGAGAUGUUAAACCACAAAAUGUUUUGGUAGAACCUCUUACCCAUCAAGUCAAGCUAUGUGAUUUUGGAAGCGCAAAAGUUUUGGUCAAGGGUGAACCGAACAUUUCUUACAUCUGCUCUCGCUAUUAUCGUGCUCCAGAGCUUAUUUUUGGCUCAACAGAAUAUACAACAUCCAUUGAUAUAUGGUCAGCAGGUUGUGUUCUUGCUGAGUUACUCCUCGGUCAGCCAUUGUUUCCUGGAGACAGUGCUGUUGAUCAGCUUGUUCAGAUAAUCAAGGUUCUUGGAACUCCAACACGUGAGGAAAUUCGGUGCAUGAAUCCUAACUAUACAGAUUUCAGAUUUCCACAGAUAAAAGCUCAUCCAUGGCACAAGAUAUUCCAUAAGCGGAUGCCUCCAGAAGCAAUUGAUCUUACAUCACGCCUUCUUCAAUACUCUCCAAGUUUUCGCUGCACUGCACUGGAAGCAUGCGCUCACCCCUUUUUUGAUGAGCUACGGGGUUCAAAUGCACGGUUACCAGAUGGUCGUCCUCUGCCUGCUCUUUUUAACUUCAAACAAGAAUUAGCAGGUGCAUCACCGGAGCUCAUUGGCAAGCUGAUUCCAGAACAUGCGAGGCGGCACUCUGAUCUCGGUUUCUUGCAAAUGCCUGGGACGUAGUACCACGAACUCUGGUUAGAAACGAUCAAAGCACUAAAUGGGUUUUAUGCUGGCGAGCAAGAGUGCCAGAUUGGUGAGAGCUAGAACGGUGGAGCUGCUAUGUUAUUUGGAGCGUUAUUAUAUUCUAUGCUGCCUGUCGAUAUCUGUGUAUCCUAAGUUAUUUAGGAUCAAGGGGGGCGAUCGUAAGCGUCCUUUCGGUAAUGUUUUGCUGCUGUAUUCCUGCACCAGAUGCGGUAGAGAAGUCGAAACAAGCUGGCCAUCUUCAUCUUAAUUUCUUUUUCCUCUAGUAAGAUCAGUGCAUAACAAGUUUAAGUUGCUUGUAGCAUAUGUAACCUAUUUUUUUUCCUUGUAGAUGUGACUAAUCCAGAAAUUGAAUGGAAGUAUCUUCUUGCGAGUACUCA